CUGCAUCUUGCAAACAUGGCGCUGAUGAAAGUCAAAUUUGACCAGAAGAAGCGGGUCAAGUUAGCCCAAGGGCUCUGGCUUAUGAACUGGCUCUCGGUGCUGGCGGGCAUCAUCCUCUUCGGCCUUGGACUGUUCCUGAAGAUCGAACUGCGGAAGAGGAGCGACCUGAUGAAUAACUCAGAGAGCCAUUUUGUGCCCAACUCCUUGAUAGGGAUGGGAGUUCUGUCCUGUGUCUUCAACUCUCUGACUGGCAAGAUCUGCUAUGACGCCCUGGACCCUGCCAAGUACGCCAAGUGGAAGCCCUUGCUGAAGAGCUACUUGAUCAUCUGCGUCCUCUUCAAUGUUGUCCUCUUCCUCGUGUCCCUCUGCUGCUUCCUGAUGCGGGGGUCCCUGGAGAGCACCCUGGCACACGGGCUCAAGAGCGGGAUGAAGUACUACCGGGAUACGGACACCCCCGGCAGGUGCUUCAUGAAGAAGACCAUUGACAUGCUGCAGAUAGAGUUCAAAUGCUGCGGCAACAACGGCUUCCGGGACUGGUUUGAGAUUCAGUGGAUCAGCAACCGCUACUUGGACUUUUCCUCCAAAGAAGUCAAAGAUCGCAUCAAAAGCAACGUGGACGGGCGGUACCUGGUGGACGGCGUCCCCUUCAGCUGCUGCAACCCCAGCUCGCCACGGCCCUGCAUCCAGUACCAGCUGACCAACAACUCGGCACACUACAGCUAUGACCACCAGACCGAGGACCUCAACUUGUGGAUACAGGGCUGCAGGGCCUCCCUGCUUAGCUACUACAGCAACCUCAUGAACUCCAUGGGCGUCGCUGUGCUCCUGGUGUGGCUCUUCGAGGUGGCCAUCACUGUCGGGCUGCGCUACCUGCACACGGCACUGGAAGGUGUAGCCAACGCCGAGGAUCCGGAGUGCGAGAGUGAAGGCUGGCUGCUGGAGAAGAGCGUGCCGGAGACGUGGAAGGAAUUCGUGGAGAACUUCAAGAAGCUGGGCAAGAGCAGCCAGGUGGACGCUGAGGGAGAGGACGCAGGCCAGGCCCCAGGGGCCGGCUGAGGGUCCUGGGCCCCCUCCCCUCCUGAACACUGAGAA